CCGACUCACGACUGUAUCAAGAAACUACAUUUCAAGAUGGCAGCUUCCAUGGUGAAUGAAGUUUUAGCUUCAGGACGUUACCACGAUGUUUUAUCCAUUCUUAAAGGCCUUCGUAAUGGUGCAGUAUAUGGAGUCAAGAUCCGUGCCCCCCAUGCGCUGGUGAUGACCUUUUUGUUCGGUUCUGGAAGUUUACGUAACAAGCUACGUGUCAUCUUCAAAGCCACCUACACUCAUUCCAAGAACCUUGCAUCGUUUGUCUUCCUCUAUAAAACAAUACUCGUCAUCAUGAGAUGGUUAGAAGGGAAACAAGAGGGAGCGCACUCACUUCUAGCGGGGUUCAUCGGAGGGUAUAUCGUAUUUGGAGAGAACAACAAAGUCAAUAGCCAGAUCAACAUGUACCUGCUCUCCAGGAUACUGUUUGGUGCUGCCCGGAUGGCUCGUGACAAGGGCCUCAUCCCUGACCCCAAGGUCGACGUCUUCCCCCUGUUUGCUGCCCUCGUGUGGGCGAUCGUCAUGUGGCAGUUCGAGACCAACCAGUCCGUCCUACAGCAGUCGCUUCAGAACUCCAUGACUUACCUUUAUCAUGAUUCCAAUGUCUGGCAUGGUAUAUCAGACUUCCUGUGGAGAAACAAACCCGGACAGAUCUGAACAAAUUAUGAUAAUCGUUAGAAGCUACCCUGAACUCCUUGCCUUUGAUUGGCUAUGGGCAGAUUUGUCAUUGAUAAUACAUUUUAUGAAGCAGGGCCCUGGGGGGUGUUUCACAAAGAUUUCAAGUUGAACUUAACUCUAAGUUGGACUUAAAU